AUGAAGCCGUCCGUUCUCAUCGUUCCUGGCGCUUGGCAGUUGCCGGUGGCCUUCCAGCCUCUUACCGCCGAGCUGGCCAGUGCCGACUUCAGCACAUCUGUCGUAUCUUUGCCCACCGUCGGAGGCACCACGAACCCGCUGCCUAACAUGUCUGACGACAUUGCAGCUGUUCGCACCGAGCUCGACAAGCUCGUCUCCGACGGCAAGGAGGUCGUCAUUUACUCCAACUCUUAUGGUGGAGUAGUUGCCAGCAACGCUGUUGAAGGCUACGACGUCGCUACCCGCUCGGCCUCCGGCGCCCCUGGCGGUGUCGUGGGCAUCGUUUAUGCUAGCGCGUUCAUGCUCCCUAAGGGUUCCAGUCUGCUGGAUCUCCUUGGUGGCCAGCCUCUCCCGUGGAUGAUUGUCGAGGGAGACCGCGUUGUCGGCAACACAAGCAUGCUUCCCGAGGUUGCUUUCAAUGACAUGCCGCCCUCGGAGCAGGAGAAGUGGUCCAAGGAGAUGACCUGGACCUCCCUGAGCGCCUUCACCACCCCGUCUAGCUACGAGCCGUGGAGCAACGGCAUCGACUGUGCCUACCUCUACGGCCUUCUGGACAACGCUCUGCCCCUCAGCUACCAGCAGGCCAUGUCUGCGGUCCUCCCCGCAGGCUCCAAGACCGAGAGCGAGCCCAGCGGCCACUGCGCUCACCUGAGCCGGCCGGCCAAUGUCACUUCCAUUCUGAGCAGAUGGUUCCCCGGCAACUAG